AUGUCUGCUCACGGAGAGACUGUUCCUUUAGACGAGGGAUGGACACUCAUUCGAGAAAAGGCGAUUGAUAAGCUUGAGUACUAUUUGGACACUGGAGAGGUACCGAAGGACGUAGUACAGGUGGAAGGGAAAGCACCUCGUAUAUUUGGUGCUGGUGAUUACGCUCAGCUUUACACGACUGUGUACAACAUGUGCACUCAGCGUUCGCCGAACAACUGGUCUGAGGAGCUCUAUCAGCGUUAUGGCGAGUCAAUGUCGUCCUAUGUGACGAGGAGAGUUGUACCGAGAAUAGAAGGGCUUGAAGGCAAACCGUUGCUUGAAGAGCUCCUGUUGCGAUGGAAUAACCACAAGCUGUAUAGCAAAUGGAUGGAAAGGUUCUUCACUUACCUCGACCGAUAUUAUGUGAAGUUGCAGUCUGUUGAUACUUUGGCCGUACGAAGCGUUACUAUUUUCAAGACUCUCGCAUUUGACCAUGGUCAUGUGCCUGCUAGAUGUCGGGCAGCUAUAUUGGAGAUGAUUAAUAAGGAAAGAGAAGGUACUGAGAUUGAGCAGAGUCUUUUGAGAGGGAUCGUAGACAUGUUGUUUGAUCUUGGCAAUGCAAGUCGAUCCACUAGCGCCGCUGAAGGCAGUAGCAGUUCUUCUAGUAACCGUCCUAGCCUGGGAGCUGCCCCGAGUCAUGGUAACGACGAACUCAGUACGUUGUGGGUAUAUCAACAAGAGCUGGAAGAAUUCCUUCUACCUGAGACUGCUCGUUUUUACGAGCGUCAGGCCAAGGCUUGGCUCGUUAGUGAUUCUUUGCCUGAGUAUUUGGUGAAGACUGAGUCGGCUCUGAUGGCGGAGCAGAAGAGAGUAGAGACCUACUUGCAUCCCUCAUCCAUGCAGAAAAUUAAAAAUGUUAUUUGGAAUCAGUUAGUGGAUUAUUGUCAGUCGCAAGCCUUGGAGAAGGAUACGAGCGUUACUUGGAUGCUUGAUAAUGACAGGAGGGAGGACCUGUCUCGUCUUUGGCGCAUGUUCGGGUUGGUGAACAACGGUCUGGUGCCCAUAGCCGCGAGCUUCAAGCAAUACGUACAGGACUUGGGUAACAGCGUGGUGGAUGCCUUAUUGGACCAGCUGACGAAAUUGGGACCCCAGCCGAGCCCACAAGCAAAAGCGGAGAUCUUAGCAGACCCGUCUUUCGUACAGAAGCUCAUUGAUAUGCAUGACAGAUUCAAGACUAUUGUGGCUGAAUGUUUCCAAUCAGACGGCCUAUUCCAGAAGAGCUUGAAGGAAGCCUUCGAGACUUUCAUCAAUCGUGAUUUGGGGCGAUUUAGCAUUGCAGCCAUGAUGAGCAGUUUCUGUGAUAAAGUGCUGAGGAGAGGCGGCGAGAAGCGUUCAGAGGAGCAGGUGGAUGCUCUUAUGUCGAAGUUGGUGGAUCUGUUCUCUUUCUUAACAGACAAGGAUGUGUUUGCUGAGAUAUACCGCAAUCAGCUUGCGAAACGCCUACUGUAUGAUACUAGUGCAAGUGAUGAAGCUGAGAAGAAUGUUAUUCAGAAGUUGAAGAUGAAAUGUGGGGCACAGUUCACGUCGAAGCUGGAGGGAAUGAUUACUGAUAUAUCGCUGGCGGCGGACAUGCAGAAACAAUUCAGGGAGUAUCUCUCUCACAGAGACUCUCAGGCUGACUACGAUAAUAUCGACUUUUCUGUGACGGUUCUGACUACUGGAUUCUGGCCGACUUAUCAUCCUAUCGACAAUGUGAUACUACCUGCUCCCAUGACGCGCUGCUUGGGUGUAUUUACUGACUUCUACAAUGGCAGAACACAGCAUCGCAAGCUUUCGUGGAUUCACACACUCGGCCAAGCUGUUGUGGGCGCGAGAUUCGGUUCGAGAAAGCACGACCUUCAUUGCAGUACACUCCAGGCGUUGAUUCUGCUACUAUUCAACAACCCAGCAGCCCAUGGGGGUGAUAAUGAAGGAUGGAUCAGCUUCCAGGAGAUUCAUACCGCAACAGGCUGUGGUGACGAUACUCUAUGCAAAAAAUUACUGGCGACCUUGAGUAUUGCGAGAUAUAAGGUUUUGGAGAAGUCGGGAUCGAAUCCGAGAAUUAUCGAUGUGGAGGAGAAGUUCCGAGUGAACCCGAAGUUCUCGUGUCCGCAACGGAAGAUCAAGAUUCCGCCACCGGCUCAGGACGAAACCCAUAAGGCGGAGCGAGUGCAAGAGGAUCGAUCGAUUUCUAUUGAGGCCGCGAUUGUGCGAAUCAUGAAAACUAGGAAGACGUGCAGUCAUCAGCAGUUGGUGUCGGAAGUGCUCGAGCAACUGUCAUUUUUCAAGCCGAAUCCUAAGGUCAUAAAGCAGCGGAUUGAGCACUUAAUCGAGAGAGAGUAUCUCGAGCGUGAUGAGAACCAGCCCAACAUAUACCGCUACUUGGCCUGAGGACGGAGUAGAAUUACACACUACAGCUCGUGGAUGUAUUGCUACCUGGUGGGAGUGCAAUUGUGACUACUACCUCUACUAUCAUUUCGGUUUCGGUGGUGAUUAUUAUUUUGUCCACUAU